UUCUCCUUGUUGCUGCUGUUUUUGAAUCUACAAGCCGAAGAAUUGGACAACGUUAAAUUUAGUUGAAUUGUAUAAAUCAACAGAUCUUUUGCAGUCUGGCAAAAUGGCUGAUAUUCUGAACUGUGAUUUGAAAUCUCUGAGUCCACUUCAGCUGUUUGAAAGAGUAACUGAACAAGGAGAGAAAGUCAGAGCACUGAAAGCCGGAAAAGCACCAAAGGAUGAAAUUGAUGCAGCAGUGAGGAUGCUAUUAUCAUUAAAACUGUCAUAUAAAACAACAACAGGACAAGAUUAUCAGGCAGGCUUGCCUCCAAGAGAUCUUGUGUUAAUAAACAAUGGUACAAGUAAAGAAGAGGACGAGGAUUUUGUGGACCCCUGGACUGUGCAGACAUCAAAUGCUAAAGGCGUGGAUUAUGACAAACUCAUAGUUCGGUUUGGCAGCAGUAAAAUUGACACAGAUCUGAUCAAUCGAAUAGAGAGAGCUAUUGGGCAAAAACCUCACCGCUUUCUACGUAGAGGAAUCUUUUUUUCCCACAGAGAUAUGGACCAAAUCCUUGAUGCUUAUGAAAAUAAGAAGUCCUUUUACCUUUAUACAGGCAGAGGGCCAUCCUCUCAGGCAAUGCAUGUUGGUCAUCUUAUCCCAUUUAUAUUUACAAAGUGGCUGCAAGAAGUAUUUGAUGUUCCCUUAGUUAUACAGUUAACUGAUGAUGAGAAAUACCUUUGGAAGGACCUAACAACUGAGAAGGCGUAUGAGUAUGCUAGAGAAAAUGCAAAAGACAUCAUUGCAUGUGGUUUUGACAUCAAUAAAACCUUUAUAUUUUCUGAUUUAGACUAUUUGGGGACAAGUACCGGGUUCUACAAAAACAUCGUCAAAGUUCAGAAGCAUGUUACAUUUAACCAAGUCAAAGGAAUCUUUGGCUUUACAGACAGUGAUUGCAUUGGAAAGAUCAGCUUUCCUGCUAUUCAAGCUGCUCCAUCCUUCAGUUCAUCAUUUCCACAGAUCUUCAAUGGCAAGGAGAACAUUCAGUGUCUCAUCCCCUGUGCUAUCGAUCAG